AUGGAUCCGAUGAUCUUCCUCGAGGUCUCCAAUGAGCUGACCAAGCUCAAGAUGUUCCCCUACUUUGACAUUGCCCACUUUGUCGUGACGUGCCUCUAUCUGCGCGAAGAUCUAUCCACUGGACAUCAUGCGUUCUCGCGGAAGCACCCCCUUGCUUGUUGGAUUUCCUGCAUGUUCUCUGCUUUUGCGGGCAACAUACUCUCCGGGUUUCUGCUUGGUGAGCCCAUCGUGGAGGCAUUCAAAAGCACCAACCACGUCAUUCUUGGAACUGCUGUCUGGUACCUGAUCUUCUACUCACCCUUUGACAUUGUCUACAAAAUAUGCAAGUUUCUGCCAAUCAAAGUGGUGAUUGCCAUUAUGAAGGAGGUCAUUCGCUGUAAGAAGAUCAACGAUGGCGUCGGACAUGCCGCUCAGCUGUACCCAAAUUCGCACCUCAUUAUGGUCAUCAUCGGCACUGUGAAAGGUAAUGGUGCUUCUCUGGUUAAGAUCAUCGAGAGGUGUCUCAGAGGCGUUUGGAUGCCUAACUCUAUUGAGUUCUUGCAGCCCUCAUUCGCAACCAAGGCCAGUAUUGGUGCCUCGAUCAUCUUCAUCCUCGACAAGAAGACAGACCUGAUUUCUGCGCCACAUUCUUUAGUUUACCUGGGCAUUGUAAUUUUCUUCAUCUACUUCAAGCUGUCCUCUAUGCUUCUCGGUAUCCACGAUCCUUUCCUGCCAUUUGAGAACCUCGUCUGCGCCUUGUUCUUUGGCGGACGAGAAAUGCCGGUGAAAAUGGAAAUGCAAAGAACGAUAUGUCCAGAAAUGGCAAAAGUGAAAUAA